CUUCUCAUUCCUCAAUUCCCCUUUCCCCUCUCCACUCCUUCCCUACUAAGGUUUCCUCAAAGGGCUGAAGUUCUGCUUCUCCACUCUUCUUUUCUUUUUUCUUCCAUUUUUCUCUAAGCUUCCAGCAGUCUCUUCGCUGCAAAAUCCCAUCUUUCUCUGCCGUUGUAGAGAUUUUGGUCUGAGAGUUCCGACCACCUUUCCUUUUUCUGGAAUUUUACUCUUCAAUUCACAUGCAGCAUCUUUUCCUUUUGAUGUUUCUUAUUGAUGCCGCCUAUCCUAAGUGAGAUCUUUCUAUUAGAGUUUAUGGUAAAUUCCACCAUCCAGCGCAGGACUCAUCUUGUUCAAUCUUUCUCUGUUGUCUUCCUUUACUGGUUCUAUGUGUUUUCAUAAGAUUGUUCUGAUCUCCAACCACCUGUGCCCUCUCUAUUACAUAAUUUCCUAGUUUCUUCCAUAUAAUAUAUCUAUAAAUAACCAUCUUUCUUCCAUAAAUAACAAGAAAGAAAAAAUCUUGAUGGCUUUAUCCAGCGGUGGCUCUUCUGGAUCAUCCAGCCUGCUCUCAAAUUCUGGUUUCAGUGAGGAUUUACUUGCAGUGAUGGACCAGAAGAAGAGGAAGAGAAUGCUCUCUAACCGAGAGUCAGCAAAGCGUUCUAGGAUGAGGAAACAUAAGCAUCUGAACGAUCUAAUGGCGGAGAUAAGCCAAUUGAAGGAAAAAAAUAGCCAGAUCAGAACCUCACUUAACCUCUACACACAGAACAACCUGGUUCUGGAGACUCAGAACUCUGUUCUAAGAACUCAGGUGGUUGAGCUCACCUCAUGGCUGAGCUCCCUUAAUGGCAUCCUGCAAUGCAUGAAUUUGAACUGCAGUAGUGUUAAUCCCCAGAUGAUGGCCUCUGAACUCCUCCUCAUCAAUCCAUGGAGCCCUUUCCUCAUGAACCAGCCUACAAUGGCUUCACCAGACAUGCUUAAUUCAGUACUACAAGAUGAUUUUUUUUCUUUUUCGAAUGAAGGAAUAUGAGAUGAUUUUGGUUUGUCUUAGGGUGAGAUCUAGUGAAAGAAUCACAAUCUAUUUCAAGAGAAAUUAUUGCAUAUGUAUGCACAUCACAUGUAGAGCUGCCUGUAAAUAUCUCUACUCACAUAUGUUUUAAUAUUUUAGAUAAAUAUCGAGUAUAUAAUAUAUGCAUUUAAAAAGCUUAAGUA